CUAAUCUCAUUCUUAACCACAACACAAAAUUUCACAUUUUUUCCCUCUCACUUUGGUAACUACAACUAAUUCCAAUGGAUAACCUACCAAAAUGUCGAGCAAACUAUACCAUACUCACUCCUUUAACUUUCUUGAUGAGAGCUUCUGCAUCUUAUGCAAACCGUACCUCAGUCAUCCAUGAAGGAACCCGGUUCACUUGGUCACAAACUUAUGACCGGUGUCGCCGCCUCGCUUCCUCCCUCCGUGCUCUCAAUAUUGCAAAGAAUGAUGUUGUAUCAGUUUUGGCACCAAACAUUCCAGCAAUGUAUGAGAUGCAUUUUGCAGUACCUAUGGCCGGAGCUGUACUAAACACCAUCAACCACCGUCUCAACGCGGCAAACAUAGCCACCAUUCUUCAACACUCUGAGGCGAAAGUCUUCUUCGUAGACUAUGAAUUCGUUUCCAAAGCAAAAGAUGCCUUAAGAUUACUCAUGGAAGAAAAAGAUCAAACAGAACAAUACUCAUCACUUCCACUAGUGAUUGUAAUUGAUGACAUAAACAAUCCCACCGGAAUCCGGCUAGGCGAGCUCGAAUACGAGCAAAUGGUUCAUCAUGGUAAUCCAAAUUACCUUCCUGAAGAAAUUCAAGAUGAAUGGUCACCAAUUACAUUGAAUUACACAUCAGGUACAACUUCAGAACCAAAAGGUGUUGUUUAUAGUCACAGAGGAGCUUAUUUAAGUACUUUGAGUUUAAUCCUUGGUUGGGAAAUGGGUAGUGAACCAGUUUAUCUAUGGACAUUACCUAUGUUCCAUUGUAAUGGUUGGACAUUCACUUGGGGUGUAGCUGCAAGAGGAGGUACAAACAUUUGUAUCAGAAACACUGCAGCAUCUGAUAUAUAUAGAGCUAUAAAUCUCUAUAAUGUGACACACAUGUGUUGCGCACCGAUCAUUUUCAAUAUUAUUUUAGGCGCGAAACCAAGCGAAAAGAGAGUCAUAAAAUCUCCGGUAAAUAUACUAACCGGUGGAGCGCCACCCCCGGCGUCCCUACUUGAGAAAAUCGAGCCACUUGGUUUUCAUGUAACACAUGCUUAUGGACUAACUGAGGCAACAGGGCCAGCACUAGUUUGUGAGUGGCAGAAGAAAUGGAAUGUGUUACCGAAAAGAGAGCAAUCGAUGCUUAAAGCGCGACAAGGGGUUAGUGUUUUGACACUUGCUGAUGUUGAUGUGAAGAAUCUUGAAACAAUGGAGAGUGUGGUAAGAGAUGGGAAAACAAUGGGGGAGAUUAUGUUGAAGGGAAGUGGAAUCAUGAUGGGGUAUUUUAAAGAUAAAGAAGCGACGGCGAAAGCUUUCGGGGAUGGUUGGUUUAGAACUGGUGAUGUUGGUGUUAUACAUAAAGAUGGUUAUUUGGAAAUUAAAGAUAGGUCUAAAGAUGUGAUUAUUUCAGGAGGUGAAAAUAUUAGUAGUGUUGAAGUUGAAAAUGUUCUUUAUAGUCAUCCUAAGGUUUUAGAAGCUGCUGUUGUUGCAAUGCCACAUCCAAAAUGGGGUGAAAGUCCUUGUGCUUUUGUGACACUUAACAAGAAUGAAGAGGUAAAAAGUGAUUUUUGUUGUGUUACUGAGGAUGAGAUAAUUACCUAUUGUAGGAAGAAUUUACCACACUUUAUGGUACCUAAGAUGGUUGUUUUUAUGGAGGAUUUACCAAAGACUUUAACAGGUAAGAUUCAGAAAUUUGAAUUAAGAGCCAAAGCUAAGUGUUUUGUGGUAAAUGAUGAGAAGAAGAAUAAUAAGAAGCCUAAUAAUCAAGUCAAUCAUAAUAAUGACCAGAUUAUGGCUCUAUCUCGUCUUUGAAAGUUUUCUAUAAGUCUUUGUUUAUUUGAAUAGUGUGUGCUGUGUUGUGUACAUAUAUUUAAAUAGUUCACACUUCAACAAUUUGAGGGCUUAGUUUAAUUUUUUAUGCAUGUGUUUAUCUGCUUCAGCUUGUUAUAUGGCAGAGUGUACCACAAUAUAUAAAGAUCUUUUUGUAUUCCAACUUUCUUGUUAGUUGUUUCCACUUA